UACAUCAUUUCAUCUGUUCCAUUGGUCUACUUGUAUAUUCUUCUUUCAAAAGUCUAUGGCCCUGUGUUCACCCUCUACUUGGGCAUGAAGCCUGCUGUGGUGUUGCAUGGGUAUGAAGCAGUGAAGGAAGCUCUGAUUGACCAUGGGGAGGAGUUUGCUGCAAGAGGAAACUUCCCAAUGGCUGAAAGAAUUAAUAAAGGCCUUGGCAUUGUUUUUAGCAAUGGAAGCAGAUGGAAAGAGAUAAGACGCUUCUCACUCAUGACUCUGAGGAAUUUGGGCAUGGGUAAAAGGACCAUUGAGGACCGUGUUCAAGAGGAAGCACAGUGCCUUGUGGAGGAACUGAGGAAAACCAAUGGGCAUAAAAGUACAAAACUAUACACACUUAAUCACAUAAUUGCAAGAGUUAGGCUAGCAAACAACAAUCAACAAUCGGAAUUUACACUUGAAAAUCUGACAAACACAGUGAAUGAUCUGUUUGGUGCUGGGACAGAGACAACAAGCACAACGCUGAGGUAUGCUCUCCUGCUCCUGCUGAAGCACCCACAUGUCACAGCUAAAGUCCAGGAAGAGAUUGAUCGUGUGGUUGGCAGAAACCGCAGCCCCUGCAUGCAGGACAGGAGCCACAUGCCCUACACAGAUGCCAUGAUUCAUGAGGUCCAAAGAUUCAUUGACCUCAUCCCCACCAACCUGCCCCAUAUGGUAACCUGUGACAUUAAAUUCAGGAACUACCUUAUCCCCAAGGGAACAACAAUAAUAACAUCACUGUCAUCAGUGCUGCAUGACAGCAAGGAAUUCCCCAACCCAGAGGUAUUUGACCCUGGACACUUUCUAGAUAAGAAUGGAAACUUCAAGAAAAGUGACUACUUUAUGCCUUUCUCAACAGGUAAUAGAAACCCAUUUCCAUAGCUCUAGUGACAUGAGAGUCUCUAAAGAUUUACACAGUGGCUCCCUAAUGGCCAGUAGACUUGCAAAAAUCAGAAGUAUGACUCUCAAUGACCAUUCACUGUCAUGAUAAAUAGAUUUCUUCCAUUUCAGGUUAUGAUAGUGAGGCUUUGAUUGUUCAUCCACUGUUAAAAAUUUAGAAAGCUAGAGUAUAGGGUGUUUGUAUUCUUCCUUUAGCUACAUCACAGAAAUAUCAAAGAAAGCAAACUUCAUUUACACUUUAUUCACUCACUAUGAAAAUGGAGACACCAUAAUUUAUAUUCAUGUCUUUUUUGCUGUGUCACUCACCCUCAUGCUCAACUAUGCACUUACAAGUCUCCAAAAA